AUGCAAAGUAAUGAAAUGACAUCGACAACAUGGGAAACAACAGUUCCUGCUAAACGUGGUCAUCGACUAUGUGGACCACAAUCAGCAUUUGCUCGACUUUUUCCUGAUAGAUAUCGACAUCAGGAAGAACUUAUUAGAAAACAACGUUCAGUAUCAAGUGAAAAUCAACGUUCAACUACUGAUCAUUUUGCAACUCGACAUGCGACAAGUGAUGAUGAAAACGAUGAGGUAUUUCAUGGUAAUAAUAAUGAUCCAUGUAGAAGAUCUCGUCGUGUUAGAUUUUAUACUAAUGAAAUUAAUUCUCCACAUAUUCAAACACAUUCAGAACCGUAUCUUAAUCAAAUGCAUUUAGCAUCAAAAUAUUCUCAAAAUAAUCUUAAUUAUGAUCCCAAUCCUGAAAUAAUCUAUCGUGAUAAUCUAAAAGAUAUUGUUUAUACUCAAAAAGUAGGUAUUCGAUAUUUAAGACCACCUACACCACCACCACCAGGACCAAUUGUUAUUCGUGAAAUACAAUCGAAACCACUUAAUGAUCCACCACCACUUGUUGUAUCAGCAACACCACCUAUUCCACCUCGGACACCAUCACCAUUAAUUGUCCGUGAAGAACCACCAACACCACCAGUAUAUCAACCGCCAAGAGUUAUUACAAAAACAUUACCACCUCUUCCAACACAGCCACGUCGUGUUGUUAUUAAACGUAAACCACCUUUACCACCUAAACCACGUCCAGUAAUUAUCGAAAAAUGGUUACCAUAUAAAGCAUCACCUGAACGACCUAUUCUAUAUCAACGAGCUGAAAAAACCGAACAAAGUCGACAACCUCCACGUAAUGUUAUUCUUCAAUAUGAACCACCUCGUGUACACAUUAAACAAAAAGUUCAAAAUUUUGGGUGUUUUCGUGUUGAUCCUGAAAUUUAUCGAGCUCAACAUGGUUCUUCACUUCGACGUACAGAUAGUAUUCGAAGAGUACUAGCACAAAUGGGAUGUGAUAGUGAUUUAAUAUCAUCAACAGGAUAUAGUACUUGUUAUUCAUCAACAGGUAAUCAAAAAACUAAUUUUACACAUUAUGAUUAUCCACGACAAACAACUACUUGUUUUACUGAUGAACAAUUAGAUGCAUUAAUUGGAACAGCAAUUCCAAAUACAACAGCACAACAAACAACAACAACAAUAGCUACAGAAAAUCAUUAUGAUGUACCAAAAAUAUAUAAUGAUAAUGAUGAUCUGAAUACAAGAAUUGCGUCUACAGUUUAA